UGAGUGUCAUGCAGCCACAGGGAAAUAAGUGGUCACAGUAAGGAGAGACUAAGAGCAGAUGGGUCAGAAGAUGAGCUCAGACUGUUUGACUCGCUCUGAGGUGUUUGGGCAGCUCAGGCGGGAGCUUUAUGGGGAGGAGCAGUCAAGUCAUUCCAAUACACACUUAUUCAUCAUACUGGGAGCAUCUGGAGAUCUUGCUAAAAAGAAGAUCUAUCCAACUUUAUGGUGGUUAUUCAGAGAUGGCCUCCUUCCAGACAACACGUUCUUUGUGGGUUUUGCCCGAUCUAACCUGACUGUAGAUGACAUCAAGGCAGCAUGUCUGCCCCACAUGAAGGUCACUGAUGAAGACAAAGACUACCUAUCAGCCUUCUUCAGUAAGAACUCCUACCUGAGUGGCAGAUAUGAUGAUGGCAGCUCCUUCGACCAACUCAACAGACAUCUGUCAUCUCUAUCUGGGGGCGGCAACACCAACAGACUUUUCUACCUGGCUCUACCACCAACUGUCUACCACCAUGUCAGCACAAACAUCAGAACCCACUGCAUGAGCCUCAAAGGUUGGAACAGGGUAAUUGUUGAGAAGCCCUUUGGUCGUGACCUCCAAAGCUCACAGGAACUAUCAGCCCAUCUUUCAUACCUGUUCACAGAGGAACAGAUCUACCGCAUAGAUCACUACCUGGGAAAGGAGAUGGUCCAGAACCUCAUGGUGCUUAGGUUUGGAAAUCGCAUUUUUGGACCCAUAUGGAACAGGAACAGUGUGGCCUGUGUGGUUCUCACUUUCAAGGAGCCUUUUGGCACUCAGGGCCGUGGAGGAUACUUUGAUGACUUUGGUAUUAUUCGAGAUGUCAUGCAGAACCACCUCCUCCAGAUGCUCUGUUUGGUUGCAAUGGAGAAACCUCCUUCCACCAGUCCAGAUGAUGUGAGAGAUGAGAAGGUGAAGGUGUUGAAGUGUAUCACUCCUGUUGAAGUAUCCGAUGUUGUGCUUGGCCAGUAUGUCGGAGAUCCUGAAGGGGAGGGCCAAUCCAGAUUAGGAUACCUUGAUGAUCCCACUGUACCCAAAGACUCCUGCACACCUACUUUUGCCACAGCAGUCCUCUAUGUCCGGAAUGAGAGAUGGGAUGGAGUUCCUUUUAUUCUGCGCUGUGGUAAAGCGCUAAAUGAGCGGAAGGCAGAGGUACGUCUGCAGUUCACUGAUGUGCCAGGAGACAUCUUUGGCGACAGCUGUCAGAGAAAUGAGCUGGUGGUGCGGGUGCAGCCAGAUGAAGCUAUUUACUUAAAAAUGACAACCAAGAGGCCUGGAGUUUACUUCAAUCCUGAGGAGACCGAGCUGGAUCUCACCUACAAGAGCCGAUACAAGGAUGUGAAGCUCCCAGAUGCUUAUGAAAGACUGAUACUGGAUGUCUUCUGUGGAAAUCAAAUGCAUUUUGUUCGCAGUGAUGAGUUACGGGAGGCCUGGAGGAUCUUCACCCCCCUCCUCCACCAAAUAGAGAGAGAGAAGACGUGCCCCAUUCCCUACUCAUAUGGAAGUCGUGGUCCGAGAGAAGCGGAUGAUCUGAUGAAGAGGGUGGGAUUUCGCUAUGAGGGAACAUACAAGUGGGUGCAGCCCCACACAACUUAAUGCUUUCUGUCACACAACCACGAAUAAAGAUUGUAAAACAGUUUACAAACAAUAAAGUUUACUGCAGUCACUGCUGCACUUCAUUGAUUUCUGAUUUUCUCCACAUGCAAGAAACCACUGCUGAUAAUGAAAGAGGAGAUAAAAAGAAUUGUAACAGCCUCAUUUUGACAAAGCAAACAUUUAAAUGUCUGGUGUCAGGUAAGAGCAACUUUUAGGUGUGUUCUAAUUUCAAUUCAAAGCCCUCUGUCACUGUUACUAACGUGUUAUUAAUCUCUUACAAUUUAUGAAUAUUAACAUUUUUGGUACGGUUAAAUCAUUUCUAUCAACCGCUUACACCAGAUUGACGCUGGUUCAAAGCACUUUGCUUCUACCAAGUUUGAGGCCUAACUGGAAUCAUAUGCACACAAUUUCUUUCACACCAGUAAUAAACCAUUCGGUCAACCUCACAGGACUUGAAGGGCAGUGGGAAACACAGCGAGGACAAACACCUGUUUAAACAAUUCUUGUGUCUUGCUGUUCCAAUUCAUUACAGUAAUAAUUUUGGUCCAUUAAGUAGGAAGAAUUUUAUGGCCCAUUAGUAUAGGAAGGUGUGUUUACAUUAUUUUUUUUUUUGCUAUGAAUUUCAUAAUCUGAGACUAGAAAAUGCUCAGAGAUAACAUACAACC